GAUAGAGGGAGAAUCUGAGAGAGAGGGUGAGAGGAGGGAGAGAGACAUGAGACGGGGCAAAGCUACUGGUUCCUGUGUAAAGAAGGGAGCGUUUUAAUCAUCAUCUCAUCCUCUCUCCUCCAGAUACAAACUUAUAUCUCCUCUCUUUUGGAUAAAUAUAACUGAGAUGUCUUUCAUAUUGGCGGCUCUUGACAAACUGACUUACUUUUUGUCACUGAUAGCCUUUUGUGUCAGUUUGUCUUAUAGCUGGCUGAAAUGAGAGUUAAUUCAUCUGAUCUUAUCUGGGUUUGGAAAAAUUUUAGGGCAUUUACGGCUGAUUGCACGUGGAUUGUGACAGCUUUUUAGUUUGUGAUGCAUCAUUGAUAUGCUUCAGCUUCGAAUGCUUUGAAAACUGACCACUCUGAGUAUGUUUCUUUUUGGGGUUUUUUUUGUUUUUUAAAUGAGGAAUACUGACCUAAAGUGUCUUUAUAUAUGCAUAUUUAAGAGUUGAGGAAACGUUUUCAAAGGUGUGUAGGUGCUACUGGUGAAAAACAAACUCCUGUGAGAAUAAGAGGAUGCUACAACACAGUGUGCUGAGGAUAUGCCACAUUCUUCUGUUGGCAAUGCGCAUUUUUGCCAGUGAAGACUUUGACUGGACCAAGAACAAAAUGGGAUCAUUUCAGUAUGGCACAUUUCCUUCAGGAUUCUCUUGGGGCGCUGGCAGCUCAGCAUAUCAAACAGAAGGAGCGUGGGAUAAAGAUGGAAAAGGAAAGAGCAUCUGGGAUGUGUUUUCUCACAAAAGAGGGAAAAUUCACCUGAAUGACACUGGUGACUCUUCCUGUGAAGGCUAUUAUAAAAUAAAGGAUGAUAUUGCACUGAUGAAAGACAUGAAUCUGAACCACUAUCUCUUUUCCAUCUCCUGGCCAAGGAUUCUGCCCAGUGGCAUUAAGAAUGACUACAUCAAUGAGAAAGGGAUAGAGCACUAUGAUAACCUAAUUAAUAUGCUUCUGGAGAACAGAAUGACACCCAUUGUGACUCUCUACCAUUGGGACUUACCUCAGGUUCUGGAGGAGAAAUAUGGAGGUUGGCAAAAUGCCAGUAUGGUCAACUUCUUCGAUGAUUUUGCCAACCUGUGCUUUGAGAGAUUUGGCAAUCGAGUCAAAUACUGGAUCACCUUCAACAAUCCUUGGUCUGUUGCAGUGGAGGGUUAUGAGACUGGAGAACAUGCUCCUGGUCUGAAGAUGAGGGGUACCGGCGCCUACAAUGCUGCCCACAACAUCAUUAAGGCUCAUACUAAGGUCUGGCACACAUACGAUGCCCAGUGGCGAAACAAACAGAAAGGAAUGGUGGGCAUCUCCCUGUCAGCUGACUGGGGAGAACCAGUGGACAUCAGCAAUCAGCGCGAUAUAGAAGCUGCUGAAAGAUAUGUCCAGUUCUACUUGGGCUGGUUUGCCACGCCACUCUUCCAUGGAGACUAUCCUCAAAUAAUGAAAGACUACAUAGGUAGGAAGAGUGCCCAGCAGGGCCUGAGUAGUUCUCGACUGCCUACUUUCAAUCCUCAUGAGAAAAGUUAUAUCAGAGGCACCUGUGACUUCCUAGGCAUCAGUCACUUCACUACGCGCUACAUCACACAAAAGAACUUUCCUUCCAACCGUGGAAACAGCUACUUCACUGACCGUGACCUGGCUGAGCUGGUAGACCCACAGUGGCCUGAUCCUGGAUCAGAGUGGCUCUACUCUGUGCCAUGGGGCUUCCGCCGUCUGCUUAGCUUUGUAAAGACACAAUACGGAGACCCCAUUAUAUACAUUACAGGAAAUGGUGUAUCAGAGAAGACGAUAUGCACAGAACUAUGUGAUGACUGGAGGAUGCAGUACUUGAGGGAUUACAUCAAUGAAAUGCUCAAAGCGGUUAAAGAUGGAGUAAAUGUGAAAGGCUACACAGCUUGGUCAUUGCUUGACAAGUUUGAGUGGGAUGAGGGCUACUCUGAAAGAUUUGGCCUGUUCUACGUGGACUUUGACAGCAAAAAUAAACAACGCUACCCAAAAGCAUCAGUUCAGUACUACAAGCGCAUCAUCAGCUCGAAUGGUUUCCCUAAUCAGAGAGAGAUUGAAAGCUGGAAAAGAAAGGCACUGGAAACAUGCACCUCAAGUAACCAGCUCCUUGCGGCAGCUAGAAGAAAAUCCAAGGAAGAUAAGGAACAUGCAGAUAUGCCAAAGGUUUGGCCUGUGCAUGAUGAAGUUUAGAUCCUCUGAUCAGGCACAUGGAGAUGGUCACAGAGAUUGUGGUCCCCACCGUGUGCACUCUCUGCAUCCUCCUCAGUGCAGUCUUUCUCAUGUUUCUGCUCAGAGCACGAAUAUAAAACAGACUGCUUCACAUUUACACAACUAUAUCGCAUGUGUCCAUACAUUUCUUUUUUUUUUUUAUUGAUUAUUAUUAAUAAUGAUGACAUGCUGAGACUUGUUUACAUGUAACUUCAAAUAAAACGGUCCACAAAUGUA